AUGAAAGUAUUCGAGUUGCUAGGACAGAUGGUCAUCUCUUUGUUUUUGGCCUGUUUCAGGCAAAAUCCAGUUACUGUACUCUGCUCGAUCGACUGGUUCAUGGUUAGGGUACACCUCUUCAUGUUGAACAGUAUAUAUAUACACUUUCAUGAGUUACACUUGGGCCUGGGCCGACCUGUCAAUCAUAUUCAGCCACAUAUCUAUAAGCUUACUAACAUUAUAGAAUGUGGCAUCAGGACCAAGGCUAUCUCUCAGUAUAUAGUUAUGUACUGCUCUGAGAUACACUAUGCUUCCAAGUCUACCUCAUCUAAGUACUAAUUCCCAGUGUCAUGCACUGCCCUUCAGCACUCCCCAUGGCUCACUACUUCUGACUCCAUGAAAGAAGCCAGUGAGAUAGAGACCACAACCCAGGAUGGUGAGACAGGCUAUGAGGUGUUCACCUUGUCACAUCAAAGGCCCAAAUGCAAUUGUCCACCAUGUGUCUUCAGUGAAGGAGAGCAUACCCAGGCCCCACAUCACCAAGCAGGGGCUGAGAAGGUCCAUUCUAUGUAGUCGUCUUUCUUUGUGAAUAUUUCUAAGGAUUGCUCUCUUUGUUCAGACAAUCUGCUUGAGUUCAUGUGA